AUGGCUGAGGUUACCAUUAAAAAUGAUGAGGUGGACAUUGUCAUUGGUGCUAUUCAGUCUGAUCUUACAUCAUUCAUGGAAGCAUGGAGACCAUUCUUUUCCCAUUUUCACCUAAUAAUUGUCAAGGAUCCCGACCUAAAAGAGGAACUUGUGAUUCCUGGUGGAUUCAACCUGCAUGUCUAUACAAAGUCUGACAUAGAUAAAGUUGUUGGCUCGUCAACGGGUGGCAUUUCUUUUUCUGGCUAUGCUUGCCGCUACUUUGGCUAUCUUGUAUCGCGUAAAAAAUAUAUCAUCUCAGUUGAUGAUGACUGUGUCCCUGCCAAAAACAGCAACGGGGAGUUGGUCGAUCCUGUAUCCCAGCAUAUCAUCAAUCUCUCGACCCCAGCUACUCCUUUUUUCUUCAACACUCUCUAUGAUCCUUACUGUGAGGGGGCUGAUUUUGUCCGGGGCUAUCCUUUCAGCUUACGUACUGGAGUAGAAUGCGGUCUUUCGUGUGGGCUGUGGCUCAAUCUUGCAGAUUUUGAUGCACCUACGCAGGCCCUGAAGCCAUCGUUGAAGAAUACUAGGUACGUUGAUGCAGUUCUUACAGUACCAGCAAGGUCUAUGCUGCCUGUGAGUGGGAUCAACAUCGCUUUCAACACUGAGUUGGUCGGACCUGCACUGACACCGGCGUUUAGGCUGGCGAAGGAAGGUAAUCUGAGGUGGGAAACAGUCGAAGAUAUAUGGACCGGGAUGUGUGUGAAGGUUAUCUGCGACCACCUGAGGCUUGGCGUGAAGAGUGGGCUCCCAUAUGUGUGGAGGCAGGAGCGAGGCAACGCCAUAGAGAGCUUGAAGAAAGAGUGGGAAGGCGUAAAGCUUAUGGAGGAUGUUGUCCCAUUCUUCCAAUCAUUGCGGCUAUCUGAAACGUCUGUGACAGCAGAGGACUGUGUGGCUGAGAUAGCUGCAGCCGUGAAGGAGCGCCUGGGGCCCGUAAAUCCUAAAUUUGGCAGCGCAGCUGCAACUAUGGUGGAGUGGAUGAAACUAUGGAAGCGCGUACGAGCUCAGUAGAUUCUAUUUCGGUAUCCUUAAAAUCUGUGGUUCCACUGCUUAGAGUUCUGUUACUUGCUCUUUAACAAACUCAAUAUAGAGGUGUUGGGAUAAUGAUGUUACCUUCUUCAACUGUUGUGCUCUUUGUGUGGUUCAAGUUUUUCAAAUGGUAGUUUAAUUGUUCA